AUGCCCUUAAUCAAUAAUUUCAACCGCCAUACGGAGUGGGUUUUUAUUGCGACGACCACGACCUUUGCGCUCACAACCCUCUUCGUCGCAGGGAGGCUCAUUAGCCGCUUCUUUAUUCUUAGGCAUGGAACCGCUGAUGACUGGUGGAUGAUAUUAGCUUGGUUUCUUGCUUUCGGACUGUCUUUCUCCAUCGAUUAUGGCACCUCGAAAGGAUUGGGACGACACGAUGCUCAUAUUCGGAAAACAGAUGUACUUUCUUUACAAAGAUCCGAAUAUGCCUUUACUAUUCUCUAUAAUCCAGCUUUAAUGGCGACCAAAACCUCUAUCCUAGUCCUAUAUCUUCGCUUCUCGAAAGACAGUCAACGUGUACUCCGGAUCGGAUCAUAUAUAACUCUAGGGGUAGUUAAUGUAGCUGGAGUAGCGUUAACUUUUAUGAACGCUUUGCAAUGCAAACCUAUUACUGCGGCAUAUACACCCUUGAAAGACGCGCGACAAUGUAUAUCUGUCGUUACGUUAUACUUGUGCUCAGUCCCUGUUAAUGUUAUUACGGAUCUUGCUAUUCUAGCUCUCCCAAUACCUAUCCUUACAAAGAUGCGGCUACCACGGAGGCAGAAGAUCAUCCUUGUUUUGACCUUUAUACUAGGUAUCUUCGUUAUAAUCGUUGAUGUCCUUAGGAUAUAUUACCUUCAGGAAGCUAUGUCCAAUCAGUAUAAGGGGACUAGGAAGGCGAAUACGGGGGGGAAUAGAAGGGGGAGUGGAAAAGGAAGUGGAAAGGGGAGUGGAAAGGGGAGUGCUGGGCUGGGCACCACGCCCAACUUUGCAUGGCACGUUAGCACCGCACUUGUGUGGUCUGCUGUCGAGGUAAAUGUUGGAAUUAUCUGCGGCUGCGUGCCUACAUUAAAACCUCUCAUCAAACGCAUCGUACCAUCAAUGCUUACUUCCAAAUAUGGCAAUAGCAAAAUCGGUUCCAGGUCUUCUCAACGCUAUACUUCCAAACCAAAAUCGGGAAUCCAACCGCCCUCUCGGGUGCAAAUCCGGGGUCGUCAGGAAGACUUUUUAACUGUCCCCGAAACAAUACCAGAUAUUGUACAGUCCCGGUCUCCUCCUGAACAGGAACCAGGAAAUACAGUUCACUUUGGCUUUGUUGAUACACAGGUACCUAAGAGUAUGUUGACAACUAAGGGUAUAGACUCGUUCAAAUAUUGCGCUAUAGUUACAAUUCUUUUCUUCCUUUGGGGGUUUUCUUAUGGGCUAUUAAAUACCCUAAAUAGAGAGAUCUCUAAGAUUGCUAGGUAUAGUCCUAGCCAGACUCUCAGUCUUACUGCUGCAUAUUUUGGGGCUUACUUCUUUGGGGCAAUGAUAGUUGGGCAAUGGACUCUUCGGCGUGGUGGCUUUAAGGCCACCUUUAUUUGUGGGCUAUGUAUAUAUGGCACAGGGACGUUGAUAUUUUGGCCCUCGGCAGUUUUGACCUCCUUUCCUGGUUUCCUCAUCUCAAAUUUUGUCGUUGGCUUCGGUCUAUCAGUACUCGAAACUGCCGCAAACCCAUUCCUCGCACUCUGUGGACCAGUAUAUCACGCUGAGUUACGACUACUCCUCGCACAGGGCGUCCAGGUAGUCGCGACUAUCCUUAGCCAGCUUCUAGCGGAAAAAGUUCUAUUUAUCAACAAGCGCCCCGGUUUAAUAGAUAUACAGUGGACUUACCUGGCGAUUACACUCUUUACUGUUAUUCUUGCUCUAUUCUUCUAUAACACGCCCCUUCCCGAGGCUAACGACGUUGAGUUGCAAAUACAAGCCGAUAAUCUCGGAAUCUACCCUUUACAGACUAUCUUCGGCACUCGUCUUCGUCUAAUCUAUACGACUCUUAGUCUCGCUGUCUUUACACAGUUCUGUUAUGUCGCUGCUCAAGAAAGUAUAGCUAUUUGGUUUAUGGGAAUACUUAGUGAAAGAUCUCCCGAGCCUAACUACUCCGUUCUUCUUGGAUAUACUAUGUUCGCAUUAGGUCGGCUCUUCUUUGCCCCUCUAAGCUUAUUCGUUCCGACUUAUAUCCUGCUUUUUAUCACUAUUAUCGGAGGUGUUAUCUGCUCUAGCCUGACCAUGGCUCUCGAGGUCUCCGCAAACCGAAUCGCAGUUCCCGGCUUAUUAUUAUUCUUCUUCGAAGGUCCAAUCUGGCCUUUAAUAUUUGCAAUUGGCCUGCGGGGUCUAGGGGGCAAGACUAAAUUGGGCGCCGGCUGCCUUACAGCUGCUGCAAGCGGCGGUGGCGUAUUUCCGUUUGUUUUAUACGCUGUACAGCAGAUUCAGCACAAGAGUAUUCAAUACAGCUACUGUGUUGUUAUUGCAUUAUUUGUAUUCAGCAUGCUCUUCCCCCUCUACUUGACUUUUGUCACUAGAGCAAGGGCACAAGUCGACCUUCAUAGAGACGUGUCUAGAACAUGUACUCUUACGGGCAGCCGACUUCCGGAAAGAAGGGAAGCUGGGCGCAUUAGGGAAUAG